AUGUAUUACUCUGUCCUAGAGACGACAGCCAAGCCUGUGCGUGCCGGCCACUCGUGCUCUCCCACCAACCCCUUCUACAUCCGAGGCUACAGCGAUCACCCCGUUGCCUUCUAUAAAGCUGACUUCCACAACAGCAACAUGAAACAAGAAGCUGCUCCUGCUACACCAGAGAGUGAGCCCAGGUUACCUGAGGCCAACUCCAAACAGAGCAGCCCCACCAAACACCCCCACCCCCAGGUCGACGACUCACACAACAACGAAGCUCAGGACAGCGACUCACACGAAAACAAAGCUCAGGACAGCGACUCACAUGACAACGAAGCUCAGGACAGCGACUCACACGACAACGAAGCUCAAGACAGCGACUCACAUGACAACGGAGCUCAAGACAGCGACUCACACGACAACGGACCUCAGGACAGGACAGACAUGCUUCCUGCUGAACCUCAGAGUCGAGCAGACAAGAACACGGCAGAGAUGCUCGAUUCAGAAAACGGAAACACCACAGAUAUAAAUGACAACAGAACGGACGCCUGCGACAAUCAGGAUCCAGCCAAACUCUACGGCCUGCAUUCCGAGGCCGCGACCAGCUAAUAGUCCUGAGCAGGCAGAUGCUUUUUCUGAGGCCUCCUCUGUAAAUCUGCAUGCAGCUGAUCACUGUCGGCCCCUCCUCUCCUUCCCCUCUUCUCCUCACCUGCUGUAAACAGACCUUUAUCUCUCCUCUGUCCCCUGUCCUUUCCCUGCUUGCUCAUCCUUUUCCUUCUUGUACAAUGAUGUGGGGUGUAUGUGGGUAUCAGUAAGAUCCGUGGCACUGCGUCUCAAAUGCCCGACUUGGCAGCUUACAAUAAUAAAUAUUGCUGCACACGCUCCCUCAUGAAAAGGGGCCACAGAGAAGAGAAGGUGCAGUGCUGUAGGUAACCACUAGUGUGUGCUGUUUGUCUUAGUGACGGUAUUACGGUGGACAUAAAACCAGGACAACUGUAAGCUAAUGUUUGACUUUGUCAUUAUUACCAUUCUAAAACAUGCAUAUGGAGUUGAAAACUCCAUGAUGUACAACAUGAAAACAGUGAACCUCAAGCUCACGUUACUAAUAUUUACACUUUUUGACUGCAUGUUGUUUUUUGAUGUUGGUCUUUGGCUUUUCUUGGGAAUUACAUGCAAUGGAAGAGAGCAGUGAGGGUACAUAUUACCAUGAAAUGUCUAAAUUUAGUCAGUAAGUCAAGUUAAAAUGGGCAUUCUUAAAUGUAUUUUGUUUAAUAUAUAAGGGUGAUAUAAUAAAAAAUAUAUAUUGUCAACAAACCUCGUAAAUACACCAAAAAGCAACAGUUGUUAAUUCUGUCUGAGUAUUUUAUUACCUGCCGAGCCUGUCUGUGGCUUUCAGUCUUAAGCCUACUGAAGAAUACGUAAAUCCUUUAAAAAUAGGCCCAGCAAAUAUUGUUGCAUUCGUAGUAAAAGGCUUAAUUAUUUUCUUAAAACUACUAGCUACUGUAUUAUUUAGGAAACACUCCUAAAAUAGAAAUAAACAGCGCAUUUGUAGGGACUACUAGCAGCCGUAGAAUAAUAUAGUGUUGUGUGAGUUUUUACAGCAGCAGGAUGGUGUAUGUGGGAUUCAUUGGUGUAAAAGUGCCCUUUACAUGGUAAUGAGGAAAUAUGUUAUCCAAUGCAGCUGUGUUUCUCAUUGGUGUGUUUUGAAACAAAGGAAGUCCUUUGCAAAGAGGAAGCAGCUACUGUAUAUCAGGCUUAACAGUAGAUUCCUGUUUCUACUAAUCACUCAUUUCUAUACUUAUUGCUGUUUUUUGUCUUUUGGUAUAUUUGUUGACAAUUAGAAAAUAUGGAAUAUCACCGCACUUAUCAUUUAGAAUAAAAAUGUUGGACAUUUGGGAGAAAUACAAAAUAAUAAUUUCACCAGGCUGGUUACUAUACUGUACUUUUUGAAAACAGUAGUUAUAGGAGCAAUAUAUAAUACUUUAUGACAUAGGUAGACCAACACACACUUAACUAAGCAUAUGAACACCUGCCACAGUUUAAACUUGGCGAGGCCUUAAUUUAGACAGUAGACAAUUUCCCACAUUAGUCCUUUUGUACUCAAGUAAACAAAGGAAAAUUAAGUGUAUGCUGGAUAUACAGUCUUUAUCUCCUCAAGACUCUUCAAGACUCUAUAGUUUUGUAUUUUGGUACCCUUUGAGGAUAUAUUUCAGAUAAUUACAUUCCAUAUUACACUGUGUUUUCCUCUAGUUCAAUAAAGAAACAACUGUCAGCCAAAAAAGUGUGUAUCUCAAUAAAGUAGCAAAUAAAUCAAACUUUUUGUAAGCACUUAUCAACGUAAGGCUUGAUGGCUCUGGUUGUAGUGCUAUCUCACCGAGAGUAUGGUCAAUAAGGUACUGAGAUUGUCUAAUAUAAAAAUGUUCACGUUUUCAGUGGUUAACGUAAGUCAUCACCGCAUCUUGGACUGUUGGUACACUACACUGUUUUACCGGAAAAGCAACUUAAAGGUGGGGUAGGUAAGUUUGAGAGACCGGCUCGAGAUACACUUUUUGUUAUAUUCCAUGGAAUGCU